GUGAAAAAAUUAAAAAAAAGAGAGAGAGACUAAUGUAAUACGGUAUCUUUCUUUUAAGUAAGAUAACAUAUCCGCUAUGAGCUCACGUCAUCCCAAAAUGAUUUAGGUCCUUAUGAUUGAGAUGGCAAUUUAUUCAUCUGUUUACUUAUGCUAGAUUUCCACCCUCCCUCCGCACAUUAAAUGGCCGCCGGCGAUUCUGAAACUCCGCUGCUGUUGGAGACGGUAGACGGUGUCGUCGACUUCAAGGGUCGCCCUGUCCUACGAUCUACCUCUGGUGGCUGGAAAGCUGCUGCCUUCAUUAUAAGUGUGGAAGUGGCGGAGAGGUUUGCUUACUAUGGAAUCAGUUCAAACCUGAUAACUUAUUUGACUGGGCCACUUGGUCAAUCCACGGUAACGGCAGCCGAGAAUGUCAACAUUUGGGCUGGAACAGCCUCGUUACUCCCUCUUCUCGGUGCUUUUCUUGCUGAUUCUUUUCUUGGCCGUUACCGCACUAUCAUUAUUGCCUCCCUUAUUUAUAUUCUGGCACUGAGCCUAUUGACGCUGUCCGCUAUACUCCCUUCCGAUGGCAACGCCCAAGCAAUACUGUUCUUCGUUUCCCUAUAUCUUGUUGCAUUUGCACAAGGUGGACAUAAGCCUUGUGUUCAGGCAUUUGGAGCUGAUCAAUUUGAUAUCAACCACCCCGAGGAACUCAGGUCUAGAUGCUCCUUUUUCAAUUGGUGGUAUUUUACCUUUACCGCAGGUUGCCUUGCCACUAUUAAUAUCUUGAACUAUGUUCAAGAUAAUGUCGGUUGGCUUCUUGGUUUUGGUAUCCCUUGCAUUGCAAUGCUAAUUGCGUUGUCUCUUUUCUUGCUUGGUACUUGGACAUACCGGUUUACCAUUCCAAGGGAUCAACAACAGGGCACUUUUUCCAGAAUUGGUAGGGUGUUUAUUGUUGCACUCACCAACUUCCGAAUUACCCAAGAGUUGGAACCUCAUCCAUCUCUACCUCACCAACCUUCUCAACAAUUUAGAUUCUUGAACAAAGCAUUAAUUGCAUCAGAAGGGUCAAAGGAAAAGGGGAAAGCUUGUAGUGUCUCUGAGGUUGAAGAAGCAAAGGCAAUCCUAAGGCUUGUUCCAAUAUGGGCUACAAGUUUAAUUUUUGCCAUUGUUUAUGCUCAGUCUUCUACCUUCUUCACCAAACAAGGUGUUACAAUGGACAGGAAAAUUUUGCCUGGUUUUUAUGUACCCCCUGCUUCUCUUCAAUCCUUUAUCAGUCUCGCUAUAGUUCUUUUUAUUCCUGUCUAUGACCGCAUUAUCGUUCCUAUAGCAAGAAUCUUUACUGGUAAACCCUCUGGCAUCACAAUGCUACAGAGAAUUGGAGCUGGGAUGCUUUUUUCUGUAAUUUCUAUGGUAAUUGCAGCUUUUGUCGAGAUGAAAAGACUCAAAAUGGCUCAUGACCACGGGCUAAUUGAUAUGCCAGAUGUGACAAUACCCAUGAGCAUCUGGUGGUUGAUUCCUCAAUAUGUCUUAUUUGGAGUAUCCGAUGUCUUUACAAUGGUAGGUCUGCAAGAAUUUUUCUAUGAUCAGGUCCCAGAUGAAUUGAGAAGUGUGGGUCUUGCCCUCUAUUUAAGUAUUUUUGGGGUUGGGAGCUUUCUGAGUAGCUUUCUCAUCUCUGCUAUUCAAAAAGGAACAAGUAAAGAUGGAUGUGAUGGCUGGUUUGCAACUAAUCUUAAUCGUGCGCAUCUUGAUUAUUUCUAUGCUCUUCUGGCUGUUCUUAGUGCUGUGGAAUUAUCUGCCUUCUGGUUUUUCUCAAAAUCUUAUGUUUAUAAGAGGACAAGCACGUAGAGUGAGAGACUGGAAGGAUAUGAAGAAAACUUUGUUGCUGGAAAAGAAUUUCAAAUCUUUCGGUGGACCAUCUGUUUCUAAAAUUCACUUAUCAGACAUUGCACCACCUGUUGAUCCAUUUUAAAAUAGAUAUGAUGCGAGACUAAUAAAGGCCAACUUGUGCAAGUAAAUUAAUGAUAAUGAUAGUUCUAUUUAAGAUGUAAUGUAAUGAUAGCUGGAUCCCUCCUUUUACCAGGAUACGAGGAUAUACUAUUCUGUAAUAACAUCUCAUGGUGAUUAAUGUCUUUUCAUCAAUCUGGACCAAGUAUGUAGGUAGCUUCUCCCAUUCAAUAGUCACUUCUGGAAGAAUAUAGAAAUGACUUUUGCUUGAUUAUUUUGGAGUUGGAUCAAACAAUGGAGUUGGAGGAGCAAUGAAAGUGGAACUCCAAGACUUUGGAAGAGACAUGAUAAGAUGGGGAACUUUCAAAUGAGAGGGAUUUUAAAAUGAGAGGGUGAGAGGGUUAAAUCAUAACCAUUGGAUUAAUCUUUACUAUGCUACUUAAUUUUUAUAAUUGUAGGUAAUCUUUUCUUUUCAGCA